AACAAAUUUUAACAAAAUUAAAACCCUAAAACAAAUAACUCGGAUUAAGUCGUCGGAAAACCCAGUCGGACGUCGAUUCCGGCCGCCACAAACAGCGGAAAAGUCGUUUCUCGGAUGCGCUUCCAGUGCGAUUUGCGUCUGCGAUAACCCCUCCCUGCAAUAAAGCAUUUGUUUAAUCUUCCCAAUGAGAGGAACCAUUGGAUUAAAGCUUCAAAAUUCCAACAUUUCCAAUGCCACAAGAAAAACCCUAGUUCCAUUUUCUACAUCUUCCAACUUCGGCGGCAGCGGUGGUGAUGGCCGUGGCCGUGGUCGCGGGGGCUCUUUCUCUGGUCCACCACAGUUUAACCUCAACGAAAAAGCACCAGGGAACCCUAAUUCAAAUGAAUCUAAAUCCGAAGCAACAGAUUCACCAUUUUCUCCUCCCGGUGCUGGUCGUGGCCAUGGCCGUGGUGGAUCAGUUCCUCCUCCAACAGGUUUUCCUUCUUUUUCAUCGUUUUUGACUUCCAUAAAACAACCUAGUAUUGGUCGUGGUCGAGGUUUUGGUCCAUCACCAUUUCAACCUGAAAAUGAUACUCAACAACUACAACAACCUGAUUCUGUGCCUAAAAAGCCCGUUCUCUUUAGAAGUGAGGAUAGUGUUUCUCAGACAGGAGGAAAAGAUGAUGUUUCGCCUCCGAAAAAACCGGUUUUUACUAGAAGGGAGGAUUUUAGCCCGAUAGAUCUAUCUAGUGAUCAAGAGAGUGACAAUAGAUUUUCAAUGAGUGUGUUGAAGGUGUUGUCUGGAGCUGGGAGAGGGAAGCCUAUUGAACCGGCAGUAAGUGAAACUCAAGUUGUAGAAGAGAAUAGGCAUGUUCGAAAUCGGCGUGCUUCAGAUGUUCCUAUGAGACAGCCAAUGCUAACCGGUGACGGUGCACUGCAAAAUGCACGGAAAUAUUUAUCAAAAUUUGAUGGUGAUGGAAGUGGUAGUGGAAGAGGAGGAGAACCUAGGGAGAGAGGUGCGUUUGGCCGAGGCCGGGGUCGUGGCCGUGGUAGAGGCCGGGGUAGAGGAAGGGGAGGAUUUAGAGGGACGGGUGGAGAUGAUAGGUUUGGUCAAAUUCAGGAUAACGCACGUUCUAAUGCUUCUGGGCUAUUCCUUGGAGAUGAUGUAGAUGGCGAAAAAUUAGCUAAGAAAGUUGGGCCUGAGGUUAUGAAUCAGUUUACUGAAGGAUUCGAGGAGAUGAUUAGUAGGGUUUUACCCUCACCACUGGAGGAUGAGUAUGUGGAAGCAUUCGAUAUUAAUUGUGCGAUUGAAUUUGAGCCAGAAUAUAUAAUGGAGUUUGAUAGCAAUCCAGAUAUUGAUGAGAAAGAACCAAUUCCACUUCGGGAUGCACUAGAGAAAAUGAAACCAUUCUUGAUGAACUAUGAGGGGAUUCAAAGUCAAGAAGAGUGGGAGGCAAUAAUGGAAGAGACAAUGGAACGAGUUCCAUUAUUGAAAAAGAUUGUUGAUCACUACAGCGGACCAGACAGGGUAACUGCAAAGAAGCAACAAGAAGAAUUAGAGAGAGUUGCUAAAACUCUUCCUGCAAGUGCGCCAUCUUCUGUGGUGCAAUUCACUAACCGUGCUGUUAUGUCUCUUCAGAGCAACCCAGGCUGGGGAUUUGACAAGAAAUGCCAAUUCAUGGAUAAGCUAGUUUUUGAGGUGUCUCAGCAUCACAAAUAACCUAAUAUACGCAUAUCAAGCUUAAACAUGGUGGGUUUCAUGGUAUACAAUACAAUGACCAUUGUAGUUUGGACAAGUCAUCAUGCUUUCAUUUCAUUUCUUUUUUAAUUCCAUUUUUGAUUUAAGAAUCUUCUAUAACUCUUGUAAUAAUAAUAUGAAUGAAUGAUAGCUAUCUUGUAGCAUCGGUGCUCGCAAUUGUUGCAUCAGUUGUAUACUUUGUAAUAAUUUUCUAUUUUAUUUCAGAUUGUUGGCUAUA